GCGGAAGCGUCAGGUCACUACAGGAGGGUUUCAAUGGCAACCAUCACUGAGUUGAAAAGCGCGCUGAGGGAGACUCUAGAGGCCCGCGGGGUCCUGGGGCAGCUGAAGGCUCGAGUCCGGGCGGAGGUGUUCAGCGCGCUGGAUGACCCGAACACCCCACGGCCGCCGCUGUCUCACGACAACCUUCUGAUCAACGAGCUGAUCCGAGAAUACUUGGAGUUCAACAAGUAUCGGUACACCGCUUCAGUGCUGACCGCAGAAUCAGGUCAGCCUGAAGUUCCUCUGGACCGUGAUUUUUUGGCCAAAGAGCUCAACGUGGCAGAAGAUUCAAGUGCCAGAUCAGUGCCGUUGUUGUAUGGAUUGUUCCAUCAUUUUCUUAGCAGUAAGGAAGAGCACAAAGGACAAAUCUUUCUAAAAGGCUCAGCAACAGUUACUUCACAAGAACCACAUGGUCACCGUGAUGCGGAGUCAUAAACAUGAAAGCUCUACUGUCAUCUAGAACCAACACAAAAGAGGACAUCACAAGAUCCCAAGUAAACAGUUGUUGCACAGCUGUUGUCAAAGAGGCCAAAAUAGUUCUACUCCCCUUUUACUUAGAAUAUUUUUAUAUUCUUUUUAUAUUUUUAUUUAUUUUUUUGUCAUUUUUAUUUUUUUAUUUUCUGAAUAUAAGCAAUGUGAUUAUUACAUUUACCUUCUCAUCUGCAUAUCUGAUGUGUGCUAAAUAGAAGUUGUUUUUACAUAUGAUCAAAUGAUUUUGAAUUUAAUUUGUAUCGUUUUCUUUUAAAUAUUUUCAAUAUUAAAUUUACUUCUGCAGUAAAAUACCUGUAUUUUUAAAAACAAUUUACGCUUACACUCAUUGUUCUGCUUUAAGGGUUUGAAUUUUUUGGGUUCAUAGAUGC